AUGGACAUUUGGCACCCGACGGGACUGGGCCACCGGUCGAUGCCUGCGCUAUGGAGCGCAGGGCAACGGGGCCAAGGGCCUGAAUACUCCUUGGGCGACGUGCGCCAAGUGCCCAAGAGCGUGCAGGUGUUCAACGCGUGUUUGUACGACAAAGCACGGGGACGCAGCGGCCUCGGCCUCGUCUCGCCGGGCACCGCCGAGGGCACCGAAGCGCAGUCCAAGGCGAGUCUGCGAUCCUACGCAAGCACACGGCUCGAGAAGCAGAAACUCACGCACGACAUUAUCGAGGAGACGACCGAUAUCAACCGCCUGCUUUCCGAGGCUCAGAUGGCCUUUUCGGCACACCAGUACACACUCGCCGCGGUUCUGUAUCGCCGCGCGUCGAACCUGGGCAGUGCGUACGCAUGCGCUUUUCUUUCGAAGCUGUUUGGCUUCGGCGUCGUGCGUGCGAAUCAGUCCGUGUUUCUUUUUGAGCGCGAUACGCGCCGCGGCGUGGCAUGGGGGCUCGUCGCCUUGCAGCGCAUCCCUGAGCAGCUCAAGGAGAUGGACGCGCAGAGCGCAGAGUAUGCGGCACACUGGUCACUACUCAACCAGGCACUGACACUCCUCUGCACCCUCCUCUGUUCACAGGAAAUGUGCCAGUCCAUGACGACGGAAGAGUCGCACGCGGACAUCUCUAUGCCUUUGCUCCUCCUCUUUCCGCGUUCGUGCGAGGUGUGGAACGCGCGCACGGCCGGCGACGACACACUCCAGGCGGAAGGCGAGCGUCGCUCCGUAUGGAUUGCGAUGCAGGAAGCUAUGGAGCACGCCCAGGAACUCUUUGCGGACGAACUCCGCUCGGACGAGCCGACCGAUACCGCGACGCUCGAGGCAAACAAGGCACUUGCACAAGUGCACAUCGCAUUCUUGCACGCGUUCCUUACCAUGCGCACGGCGUUCCUGAAUAAGUCGUCCGCUGCCGUCGAGGCGACCUACAAGGACUGGUCGCACUACCUUGUCGAGAGCAGAAAGGUGCCAGACUCGCUCAACCUGACGCGCUAUCGCCGCGUCGCAUCCGAGGGCCAGCAGUGGGCGGCGCCGGACGAAGACAAAAAGAUUAAGGCAGUCGUGAGCGACGCCGAAUUGUCUGCGUUGUGCAAGCGCAUUUCAGGCAUUUUCCCUUUUGCCCCGGACGCCGCUAAGCGGCGCCAGGCCGCCGGGCCGGCUCUGCAGGACCUCAGCAACAUGCUCAGGCAGCCUAAUGUGCCUGCGUCGCAGAACCCGCGCAAGAACCGCACGACAUCGUCGUCGAGUCGCUACCCGACGCGAGGAGCCGCGGGGCCCGCGCUGCUCUCGCGCGCGACCAUUGCACCGGUGAUGCCUGUGCCGUCGCAAGAAGCCAUCACCGUGCAGAAUCAGAAGGGGUACGCUGGCAUCACAUCGACCAGGCUGCGCUCCAUGUCGGGCGUGCAGAAGGACCAGCGGACGAUGUCGGGCGAGAAUGCGCGUCGCGAGCGCCGUCCAUCGACCGCGUCGAUCGCAGAGCCUCCGUCGUAUCUCGCGCGCAUGAAUGACGAAGUGCCUUCGUUCGGCCGCCCCCGCACGUCGAGUAUCGUUUCGGUUUCGCCCUCGCUUAUGUUCCCGUCGAAAGGCGGCGACUCCAGCGCUGUGCUCUGCGAUGAGCCCGCGAUGAUGUCGCAAACUGAGUCAAGCGCGAAUCCACCAGCGACCGGUACGGCACAAGGCAGCAAUUUCCAGAACUUGCGUGCGCGCCUGCAGCGCCAGGCGUCCUCCGCGUCGAUCUCGGCCGCGAGCCUGGCGUAG